ACGCGGUUUUCAUUGAAAGCGGCGAGCAACUCCACAAGUUUUCCUCUUUGACAUGAUCAAGAUCAGAUUUUUAUGUGCCGAGGACGGCAGCUCCAUUGACCUUCCCUUUGACCAGAGCUACUCAGUCGACCUCCAAUUUCUCCCCGAGCAACACGCAACGCAAGCGGCGUCUCUUGAACAAGAGCAAGCACUAUUCUCAUUCCAGCAGCAACAGCUUCCUCGAGAAAGUUAAAGGUUCGAAUCCCGCCCUCCCUCUUCUUCUUCUUCUUCCGCUGUUGAUCCAUCUGGGUGUUGGGUCUUUGUUCUCGUCUUUGCUGGUUUGAUCGAUCGGUCGAUUGAGUUUUGGAGGGGGGGAAAAAAUUCGUGUCGCAGAAGAUGGGCUGCCUGAUGAGCAGCUUGUUAGCAUCUUCGUCGGACUCGGGCAAGGGCCGAAGCAAGUCGUCGAGCGUGCGGGUGUUCCACGGGUUCCACCUGGUGGAGGGCAAGUCCGGGCACGACAUGGAGGACUACCACGUCGCUGAGUACAAGAAGAGUACGAAUCACGUCCUCGGCCUGUUCGCCAUCUUCGAUGGCCACCUCGGCGAUCGCGUCCCCUGUUAUUUGAAGCAGCAUCUCUUCAACAACAUCCUCCAAGAGCCGAAUUUCUGGAUAGACCCGCAGACAGCCAUAAAGAAUGCGUACCGGUCCACGGAUAAUUUCAUUCUUGAGAAGUCGAUGCAGUUGGGCCCUGGUGGCUCGACUGCCGUGACUGCGAUUGUGAUCGAUGGGAAAGAUUUGUGGGUUGCCAACGUCGGUGAUUCCAGAGCUGUGGUCUGCGAGAGGGGCUCUGCCAAUCAAAUUACAGUCGAUCACGAGCCGCACACCGAACGGAAAAGGAUUGAGGAACAGGGGGGGUUUGUUACUAUUCUUCCUGGAGAUGUGCCUAGGGUUAAUGGACAGCUUGCAGUUGCACGGGCUUUUGGGGAUCAAAGCCUUAAAGCACAUUUAACUUCGGAGCCUGACAUAAGGCAUAUACCAAUCGAUUCGACUAUUGAGUUUGUCAUAUUGGCAAGUGAUGGCUUGUGGAAGGUGAUCAGUAACCAAGAAGCAGUUGACUUGGUCAAACCGAUAAAAGACCCGGAAGCAGCAGCAAAGCGAUUAACAAGUGAAGCACUGAAAAGAGAGAGUAAAGAUGACAUAUCUUGCAUUGUCAUCAGAUUCACUAAUGCUGUCGAGAAGCAUCACGACUGAGCCACUCGAUCAUUGUGAAUAUCUCCCGUUCCUAAAGAAGUUGAAUGUUGAUGUGAAAGGUAAAGUUACAUGUCGCAGCCAUGUGCUUUUAGGGUGCUGUACGUAGUAGUGGCCUUUGUUGUAUAGGUGUUAGAGCAGAUUGAAUAAUAGUGGUGCAUUUCCUUCUUUAGUAUGAGCGCCCGAGCCUCUCGGAGCACGUGAGUAGUUUUAGGAUUUGUGAGAUCUCAUUAUUCCCACAGUAUGGGCAUUUGUAUAGUUUAGUCCUACCAUAGUGAUUGUCAUGAGGGGUGGUCUAAACUCUGGGGGAUUUUGAACCUUGGGAAGUCUUUUUACCCAAUAUCAAGUCUGGCUUUGUCACUAAAAUUCCUUUGCGGUUG